AUGGUGGUCACCGUGGUGGGCAAGAAGCAAACCAUGAACACUAAAACAAUGGCGGCGCACACACGCAUGGCCUUGCGCACCUUGUCGGGUUUGCCCAUCUGCCGCUGCUUCAGGAAGCUGGAGAUCCGGACGGAGCAGAAGAGCAGCAUGGCGAGCGGGAAGACGAACUCCAGCACCGUCAGGAUCCGGUGCAUGCUGACCAGGAUGAUGAUGGCGCGCGAGGCCUCUUUAUCAACGUCUGAAGACCCGUUCACACCUGGUUGGGUUCAGAGCUUCAAGCUCUUCAGUCUGACCCUCAACCUCAGGUGUGAAGGUUCCUCAGACCAGAAGAGCAGCUCUGCUGUUUGCACGGUAGAUGGCCACCACGGUCAUCAGAGCGAUGCUGGCCGAGCGGUUGGAAAACAUGAGGAAGAGGUUGAUUCGGCACAACCCGUCUCCAAACACCCAGUGACCCCUGAGCAAGGCAUCGAUCCUCAGAGGGAGACUGACCAGAGCGAAGAAGUCGGCGAUGACCAGGUUGAAGAGAAACAGGUUGUUGGGGUUCCAGGUCUUCAGCUUGAAACAGAAGAUCCACAGGGCCACUACAUUACCCAGCAGCCCCAGUAUGACAUCAAUGGCUCUGGACCUGACAGCUCACAGAUGUUCAGACUCUCGGGUUCGAACUACGAGCUGAAGCGACGGGGACGGUGGCCUUCAAAGCCAUCAUUGUUGGACUUGGAGGACCUGGAGGAGAUGGAGAGACUGAGGAAGGAGCACAUUGAGGCUUUGAGAGAUAUCAAGAGGCUGCAGGAGCAGCUGAUGGAGUCUCAGAGAGUUCACCAUCAGAUGGAGGAGGAGCUUAGUAAAGUCAAACAGGAAGUCCGGCUGCGAGCAGAGGACAGUCGGGCCCUGAGGACUCGGAUCCAGUUGGCCGAGGCGGCUCAGAAGCAGGCCAGGGGGAUGGAGAUGGACUACGAGGAGGUGAUCCACCUGCUGGAGGCCGAGAUCGCUGAGCUGAAGACUCAGAGGGCGGAGCAGCCGCCGUCGACCAAUCAGGAGGAGACGGACGAGCUGAAGAAGAAAGUGUCCGUCCUCGAGUGUCAGCUACGGAAGAGUGAGGCGUCCAAAAAGAGCUCUGAGCUGUCCACAGGGAAGCUGCUGAGUUUUGUUGAGAACGUUCAGGACUUCCUGCUCCAAAGUCACGGACCAACCAAGAGCUGCAGCUCUGGAGAUGUUAAAGUGGGGGCGUCGCCUCAAGGUCUGCCUCCUCGCCACCAGAGGAGUCCCUGGACGGCGGCGACGCUGGCUCAGGAGGCGACGGAGCUCACGAGGACGGUCAGAGCGAUUCAGGAGGUGGACUGUCUUCCUUAUGGCUGGGAGGAGGCCUACACUGCAGACGGAGACAAAUACUACAUCAAUCACAUGACCCAGACGACAUCAUGGAGCCUCCCGGCGGCGAGCGGCAGCAGCGAGGGACCUCCCACUCCUCCACAGGCCUCAGAGAGGGAGGCGGAGCCUGACGGCGAGACCACAGAGCAGAGACCCAGCCCGUCCAUCGAGACAGAGAUGUAGAGCGUCCCGCCUGUCCUCUCUGUCCUCAUGGGUACUGCAGCAGUAGGAUGCUGUCCUGGGAAACCACCAUCAUAACCAAUAAUUCAUAAAACUCAUAAUUUACCUUUGAGCUGCGAAUCACACGAGGGAAUGAAACUUAAUAAACAUCCUGAAUAAAACCUCA